AUGUAUACCGCUUACACCCAUCCACCACCACCAUCCACACCACACCCAUCCACCACACCCAUCCACCACCCCUAUCCACACCACCCCCAUCCACCACCCCUAUCCACACCACCCCAUCCACCACCCCUAUCCACACCACACCCAUCCACCACACCCAUCCACCACCCCUAUCCACACCACCCCCAUCCACCACCCCUAUCCACACCACCCCCAUCCACCACCCCUAUCCACCACCCCUAUCCACACCACACCCAUCCACCACCCCUAUCCACACCACCCCCAACCACCACCCCUAUCCACACCACCCCCAUCCACCACCCCAUCCACCACCCCUAUCCACCACCCCUAUCCACACCACCCCCAUCCACCACCCUAUCCACCACCCCUAUCCACACCACCCCCAUCCACCACCCCAUCCACACAACCCCAUCCACCACCCCAUCCACCACACCCAUCCACCAUCCCAUCCACCACCCCUAUCCACCACACCCAUCCACCACACCCAUCCACCACCCCUAUCCACACCACCCCUAUCCACCACCCCAUCCACCACACCCAUCCACCACCCCUAUCCACACCACCCCAUCCACCACCCCUAUCCACACCACCCCCAUCCACCACCCCAUCCACCACACCCAUCCACCACCCCUAUCCACACCACCCCCAUCCACCACCCCAUCCACCACCCCUAUCCACACCACCCCCAUCCACCACCCCAUCCACCACACCCAUCCACCACCCCUAUCCACACCACCCCCAUCCACCACCCCAUCCACCACCCCUAUCCACACCACCCCAUCCACCACCCCAUCCACACCACCCCAUCCACCACCCCUAUCCACACCACCCCCAUCCACCACCCCUAUCCACACCACCCCAUCCACCACCCCAUCCACCACCCCUAUCCACACCACCCCUAUCCACACCACCCCAUCCACCACACCCAUCCACCACCCCUAUCCACCACCCCUAUCCACACCACCCCCAUCCACCACCCCAUCCACCACCCCUAUCCACACCACCCCUAUCCACACCACCCCCAUCCACCACACCCAUCCACCACCCCAUCCACCACACCCAUCCACCACCCCUAUCCACACCACCCCUAUCCACCACACCCAUCCACCACCCCUAUCCACACCACCCCCAUCCACCACCCCUAUCCACACCACCCCCAUCCACCACCCCAUCCACCACACCCAUCCACCACCCCUAUCCACCACCCCUAUCCACCACCCCAUCCACCACACCCAUCCACCACCCCUAUCCACCACCCCUAUCCACACCACCCCCAUCCACCACCCCAUCCACCACACCCAUCCACCACCCCUAUCCACCACCCCAUCCACCACACCCAUCCACCACACCUAUCCACCACCCCAUCCACCACACCUAUCCACCACCCCCAUCCACCACCCCCAUCCACCACCCUAUCCACCACCCCUAUCCACACCACCCCCAUCCACCACCCCAUCCACCACACCCAUCCACCACCCCAUCCACCACCCCCAUCCACCACCCCCAUCCACCACCCCCAUCCACCACCCCUAUCCACACCACCCCCAUCCACCACCCCAUCCACCACACCCAUCCACCACCCCUAUCCACACCACCCCUAUCCACACCACCCCAUCCACCACACCCAUCCACCACACCCAUCCACCACCCCAUCCACCACACCCAUCCACCACCCCUAUCCACACCACCCCCAUCCACCACCCCUAUCCACCACCCCUAUCCACCACCCCUAUCCACACCACCCCCAUCCACCACCCCAUCCACCACCCCAUCCACCACCCCAUCCACCACACCCAUCCACCACCCCUAUCCACACCACCCCCAUCCACCACCCCAUCCACCACACCCAUCCACCACCCCUAUCCACACCACCCCCAUCCACCACCCCAUCCACCACACCCAUCCACCACCCCUAUCCACACCACCCCCAUCCACCACCCCAUCCACCACACCCAUCCACCACCCCUAUCCACACCACCCCCAUCCACCACCCCAUCCACCACCCCCAUCCACCACCCCUAUCCACACCACCCCCAUCCACCACCCCAUCCACCACACCCAUCCACCACCCCAUCCACCACACCCAUCCACCACCCCAUCCACCACACCCAUCCACCACCCCUAUCCACACCACCCCUAUCCACACCACCCCUAUCCACCACACCCAUCCACCACCCACAUCCACCACCCCAUCCACCACCCCUAUCCACCACCCCUAUCCACACCACCCCCAUCCACCACCCCAUCCACCACACCCAUCCACCACCCCUAUCCACACCACCCCCAUCCACCACCCCUAUCCACACCACCCCUAUCCACCACCCCAUCCACCACACCCAUCCACCACCCCUAUCCACACCACCCCCAUCCACCACCCCUAUCCACACCAUCCCCAUCCACACCACCCCCAUCCACACCACCCCCAUCCAUCACCCAUGCCUACUUGAUGGUAAUAGCGCUCACCGUUGCCCCUAG